AUGAUGCGCCUCGUUGAGAUUACGAACUUAUUCACAUCCCUGUCAAUGCUGUUUAUCUUCAGCGCACGCGGUACGACAGGACAUACAGAUAAUCCCAGCCUUAGAGUCGCGCCCAAUGUCCCAGAAUGUACCAUGAAAUACCCAGCCGGCAUGCAGUGGGAUGUUUUUUAUGGCCCGGAAUUCAAUGUGGUCUCCACAUUUUGCGAAGAGUUGCAAAAUGGCGGAGCAGGGGGCCUAUUCUUGACAGUCAAUACGACAGGCUACAUCCAACAGCACCGUACUAUACGAAGUCCGCCAGUUAGCCCCAGCACUUACAAAGGAUACCGAAUACGCUUAGGAUGGAUACCGUACAUACCAUUCGAUUCUGAGAAAUGUUUAAUGGAUUGCUUAGAAGCAUACAGAGAUAUAGCGCGAGGACCCUGCGGGCAUACUGGCGGCACUGGAAACAUCAUGGCUAAAAACGGCACUUGGAAUGUAGGAUGUGGGGAAUACUCCUGGGGCAUUACCCGUCCUUAA